UCCAUCGUUCACGGGCCUGACACUGGCCACAUAAGGCCAUGGAUGACUUCGCGUCCCUGGAACUCCUCUCCUUAGUGUCCAAGGUCACUUCGGAACUACAAAACCAUUUGGGAAUCAAUGACAAAACCCUCGCCGAGUUCGUCAUCGAUCAACAUGAAAAAUGCGGUGGAAAACUGCCCGAGUUCAAGGCCGCUCUGGCUGCGAUGGGAGCAGACUUUCCCAACAGUCUGGUGGAGAGCGUGGAUCGGUUGAUCUUGACGAUGCAUCCGAAAUACAAAGUGCAGAAAAAGUCCGAGCAGAACGAAAAGUCGGACCUGGAAGAGUUGGACGCUAUCGGUCGCAAGGCAAGAGUCUUCAGGGGCUUGGCUGUGCCGGACCGUGAACAAGCAUGGGAUGACUAUGAGGACGAUAUGGUAGGACAGAAGACAAUUGACGAGAGCCGACCCCCUGAUCCUGGUACACCUGCCGACGAUGAUACCUUUGCCCUGCUUGAAGGUCUAGCCGGGCAAACGAAAAAUGGCACAAAUGGAACAACAGAAAGAAGCAGGAAAAGAUCCCGCAGUCCGGAUCGCGAUGACUACUCAAGAGACAGGAAGCCAAGACAGAAGUACUGGUCGCGAAGUCCGAGCCCGCGUGAGGAGAAGAGAUCACGCCGCCAUCACCGAGAUAGAGACGAAGACUAUGACGAUUAUAGAGACCAACAUGAAGACCGCCGAAACGGUCAUCGCAAGAGUAGGCGGCGAGAUUAUGAUGCUGAGGACGAUUUUAGAAAGCCUCCUCGACAAGAAGUUGAUGAAUACCCCAUUCUAUACAAGAUCUACGAUGCAACAAUCAACGGAGUCAAGGAUUUCGGUGCUUUUGCAGACCUUCAAGGUGUGAAAGGCCGCGUGAGUGGUUUGAUCCAUGUUUCGGCCAUACAAGAAGGUGCAAGAGUCAAUCAUCCUUCGGACCUGCUGUCUCGAGGGCAACAUGUCAAAGUAAAAGUCAUCAAGAUGGAGAACAACAAAAUCAGUCUCUCGAUGAAGGAAGUAGAUCAGGAUACAGGUCAAGACAUGGUUCCGUCCCGACGAAUUGCCUCUGGCGCGAACAUGGAACGACUGGACGGCAUGCCUUCCAAUGAUCGCUACGGUGGUCUGGGCAGUUCAGUGCCUGUGAUUGAAGAUGAUUACAACGCCAGGUCCAAGAAAAACAAAAAGCGGCUCACUUCACCAGAACGAUGGGAGAUCAAACAACUCAUUGCGUCUGGCGCAAUUUCGGCGCAAGAUUAUCCCGACAUUGACGAGGAUUAUACCGCUACACUGAACGGUCAAGGCCAAUUUGAUGAAGAGGAAGAAGAAGAGAUCGAUAUUGAGGUCAAAGAGGAAGAGCCGCCGUUCCUGGCUGGUCAGACCAAGCAAUCACUGGAGUUGUCACCUAUUCGUGUUGUCAAGGCGCCCGAGGGUUCAAUGAAUCGAGCGGCUCAGGCAGGGACAACUUUGGCCAAGGAACGUAGAGACCUGAAGCAGCAGGAGGCAGCUGAUAAGGCAGCAGAGGAAGCAUCCAAAGUCGAUCUGAAUGCUCAAUGGCAGGACCCUAUGAUCAACCCCGAACAACGAAAAUUUGCUUCCGAGCUCAGACAAGCCCAGCAACAAUCCUCUAAAUCUACCGAUGCUGUACCGGAGUGGAGACGCAUAACUCAGGGCAAGAAUCAAACUCUUGGUCGCAGAACAGACAUGACCAUCAAACAACAGAGAGAAUCUCUCCCUGUGUUUAAAUUCAGAAAGCAACUUCUCGAAGCCGUUGCGCAGAACCAGUUGCUCAUUGUUGUCGGAGACACUGGUUCAGGGAAAACAACCCAGGUCACCCAAUAUCUUGCCGAAGCUGGUUAUGCCAACAGCGCUAUGAUCGGUUGUACGCAGCCGCGCCGUGUCGCCGCCAUGUCUGUGGCGAAACGUGUGUCGGAAGAAGUUGGGUGCGAACUUGGCAAAGAAGUUGGAUACACCAUCCGUUUUGAAGAUCGCACUUCACCACAAACCAAAAUCAAAUACAUGACGGAUGGUAUGCUGCAAAGAGAGAUUCUGCUCGACCCGGAUCUCAAGCGGUACAGUGUCAUCAUGCUGGACGAGGCUCACGAAAGAACCAUUGCAACUGAUGUUCUGUUCGGGCUGCUCAAGAAGACGCUCAAGAGACGACCUGACAUGAAAGUCAUUGUCACAUCUGCAACACUUGAUGCAGAGAAGUUUUCCGAGUUUUUCAACAAGUGUCCUAUCUUCACCAUUCCGGGCAGAACGUUCCCGGUCGAGAUCAUGUACUCAAGAGAGCCGGAAGAGGAUUACUUGGAUGCUGCUCUGACCACCGUCAUGCAGAUACAUCUUACUGAGCCCCCUGGUGAUAUACUGCUGUUCUUGACUGGCCAAGAAGAGAUUGAUACCAGUUGUGAGGUGUUGUACGAGAGGAUGAAAGCGCUAGGACCCAGCGUGCCUGAGCUGAUCAUCCUGCCUGUGUACUCUGCUCUUCCUAGUGAGAUGCAAAGCAGAAUUUUUGACCCAGCGCCGCCAGGAAGCAGAAAGGUCGUCAUUGCCACCAAUAUCGCCGAGACGUCGAUCACGAUCGAUCACAUCUAUUAUGUUAUUGAUCCCGGUUUUGUCAAGCAGAACGCCUACGAUCCUAAACUCGGUAUGGACUCUCUGGUCGUCACUCCCAUCUCCCAAGCGCAAGCGAAACAGCGGGCGGGACGGGCAGGUCGAACAGGUCCUGGAAAAUGCUUCCGUCUGUAUACCGAAGCCGCAUAUCAAUCCGAAAUGUUGCCGACUAGCAUCCCCGAGAUUCAGCGCCAAAAUCUGUCUAAUACGAUUCUCAUGCUCAAAGCCAUGGGCAUCAACGACCUGCUGCAUUUCGAUUUUAUGGAUCCUCCUCCAACCAAUACCAUGUUAACAGCCCUUGAGGAGCUCUACGCUCUUUCAGCCCUUGAUGACGAAGGUCUUCUGACUCGACUAGGUCGCAAAAUGGCAGACUUUCCGAUGGAGCCAUCUCUGUCCAAGGCAUUGAUAGCUUCGGUUGACAUGGGUUGUUCUGAGGAAAUGCUGACCAUCGUCGCCAUGCUGUCUGUACAGACCGUCUUCUAUCGACCCAAGGAAAAACAACAACAAGCCGACCAGAAGAAAGCCAAAUUCCAUGAUCCUCACGGUGACCACCUUACUCUGCUUAAUGUGUACAAUGCCUGGAAACAGUCUCGCUAUAGCGACCCGUGGUGCUUCGAAAAUUUUAUCCAGAAACGGCAAAUCGCCCGUGGCCGCGAUGUUCGUCAACAACUCGUGUCGAUCAUGGAACGGUAUAAGCAUCAGAUUGUAUCUUGUGGACGAAACACUGUCAAGGUUCGACAAGCUUUGUGCGCUGGGUUCUUCAGGAACUCAGCACGUAAAGAUCCACAAGAAGGCUACAAGACCCUAAUCGAGGGGACCCCGGUGUACAUGCACCCGAGCAGUGCGCUCUUCGGGAAGCCUGCGGAGCAUGUGAUAUUCCACACGCUCGUGCUCACGACGAAAGAGUACAUGCAUUGUGCGACAGUGAUAGAGCCGAAGUGGCUGGUCGAGGCGGCGCCGACGUUUUUCAAGGUUGCCCCGACAGACCGGCUAAGCAAGCGCAAGAAGGCGGAACGAAUUCAGCCUCUGCACAAUAAGUUUGCUGGUGAGGAUGAUUGGAGAUUGAGUGCGCAGAAACGGCAGGGUAGAAGUGGUGGAGGAGGGACUUGGGGGUGAGCGCAAGACUUGUGGUCAUUGUGGUGGCGGGCGUGGACGUCCGGACAGGUUUGAGAUACCAGCAUCAGCAAAGCCAUAUUGGGGGCAGCAUCAUAUACCUUUGAUUAUAAAUGCUUCAAGGAGAAGAUUGUCGAUGACAGGCCAAACGUAUGCUCGGUAUAGCACGGUCAAGCGCGGUUUCGCUUGAGGGCUCGUCAA